AUGAAUGAUACUUUUGCCACCUUAUGUCAACCACCAUGUAGACCAGGUUUUUGUUGUUCCAGAUGGGGGUUUUGUGGUAAUACACCACUGCACUGUACUGGUCAAAUGAAUAAUACUUUUGCCACCUUAUGUCAACCACCAUGUAGACCAGGUUUUUGUUGUUCAAAAUGGGGAUUUUGUGGCGAUACACCAUUGCACUGUGCUGGUCAAAUGAAUAAUACUUUUGCUGGCUUGUGUCAACCACCAUGCGGACCAGGUUUAUGUUGUUCAAGAUGGGGGUUCUGUGGCAAUACACAACUUCACUGUUCUGAUGGUCACACGAAUGAUAGCUACGUCGCCAUAUGUCAGCCACCAUGUGGACCAGGUUUUUGUUGUUCAAGAUGGGGAUUUUGUGGUAAUACACCAUUGCACUGUAGUGGUGGCGUAGUUAUCCCGCCAAUUGAAUAUGGUCGAUGCCCACCACCAUGUGCACCAGGCCUUUGCUGUUCAAAAUGGGGAUAUUGUGGUAGUACACCAGAAUAUUGUGGUAAUCAAACUGAAAGUGGUAAUAACAGUACUUCAAUUACUCGAGAACAAUUCGAUUGUAUUUUUGAUCAGUUAGAUCCAGCUACCCGUGAUAAACGUUGGCAAGGUAGGCGUACUUUGGUAAUUGUAAAAUUCCGCCAUAAAAAUAUUGAAAGUUAG